CGUAACGAUCCUAUUUGCACCAUCUAAGAUCCUAUAUUGCUUGAGUCGGGCGUGGCGCGCCUCACCAGGCACGUCAUCACUAGAUCCAUGUACAACUGCGAUUAUAUCCUCUCAUCCUCGUCUUUUCAUACUUAUUUCAGGAGGUGCACUUGUGAACCAUGUGCCAGUUGCCAACACACAUGCUCUAUCACAUAGUUGUGCCCGAAUACGAACAAACAAAUAAUCGCAUGGCAAUUGACACGUAUGCAAAUAGCAAACUGCGCUGGCAUAAAAGAGGCUGUAUGCCUCACAAGUUGUUCUUGCUGAUCCACACCUGUCUCACUCCAGUAGCAAGAGUCGCGCUCUGUGCUUGCAAUGCUGUACAACAAAGUCUCUCGUCUCGUGGGACUCCUUGUCCUCUAUCUUUGGCUUGUGGACGCAAAAGGUAUCGUAUGGUUCUGGAACAUUGGAAAAGAUUGCAAUCAGCUCCCUAUAAUUGCUUCACGCAUAAUAGAAGCAAAUUCAAAAGAAGAUUGCAUCAAGAUCUACCAAAAAUUUCGCCGCCUCAGUGAGCUGGAUGGCACAGGAGGAGUUUUGCAACUUGACGAUAUCACACUUUUCAAGAUUGUGCAGGAUUAUUCGACAAAUGGUUGGCAAUGCUUCAACACGAACAGAGAUAAACCAUGGCUUUGGCCAUAUUAUGAUCAUGAGGAAGGCCCGAAUUUUGACAAAUAUAUCAUUUUCGACAAGGCUGCGAAGGAGUGCCAGAUACCUACCGCAGGCAUCAUACUUUGGCGGAACAAAUGUAACAUGGAGGACUCCCCUGCUGGCUCAGCGGAUUACUACCCUUUCCCUGCUCUCCUUCCCCACAAUGCCAAUGUCGAUAUCCCUUUCACAUACCAGGGGACGCGGAAAAUUAGAGUACAGGCCGAUUACCCUGUCGCUGAUAAGCUCAAGCUCAAAAGACAUUUGCAAUGCAAAAGAUGAUAGAAGUGGACGCGAAAGUGAUCGUCCCCAAAGCUCACUAUCCUGUUUCGUUCUGUUUUCCUCUUCUUCCCAUCAGACUGGCACCAGUCAGUCAGUUCAGAAUCAUAGCUAGAUCUUCAAUUAUGCAAUCCCUUCAUUUUAGUU